AUGGGAGGCGGAGCUGGUGUCUCCGUACAUGGUCGUUAUCGUGUUGCUACCGAAAACACGGUUUUUGUCAUGCCUGAGACAGCUUUGGGGCUCUUUCCAGAUGUAGGCGCUUCCUACUUCUUGUCAAGACUCCCUGGUUUUUUUGGAGAGUAUGUUGGCCUCACCGGAGCUCGGUUAGAUGGUGCUGAGAUGAUUGCUUGUGGUCUUGCCUUCAACGAUACUAUUGUUAAGUCCCAUACUUUAUUGACAAGGACUUUUACUUAUGGAGCUUACUCCUUGUCACAGAGGUUAGAUGUUAUUGACAGGUGUUUCUCGAGGAGAACAAUCGAAGAUAUUAUAUUUUCACUUGAGAGAGAAGCCACUCAACCAGAUGAUUGGAUCUCAACUACCAUUGGAGCAUUGAAGAAGGCUUCACCAGCAAGCCUUAAAAUCGGUCUUAGAUCGAUACGAGAAGGAAGAUACCAGAGAGUGGGGCAGUGUCUUAUCCGUGAGUAUAGAAUGGUGUGUCAUGUGAUGAAAGGAGACAUAAGCAAAGAUUUAGUAGAGGGGUGCAGGGCCAUAAUAAUAGACAAAGAUAGGAACCCAAAGUGGAAGCCAUGUCGACUGGAGGAGAUGAAGGAUGAUAUGGUAGAAAAGUACUUCAAGAGAGUGGAGGAAGAGGAGGGAUGGGAAGAUCUAAAGCUUCCAACAAGAAAGAAUUUGCCUGCUUUUGCGAUCUCAAAGCUGUGA